UCUGUCUGUCCGUCCUGUCUCCUGUCUUUUCGAACACGCACACGCGCAGCUGUUCUGCUGACUGCUCGUGUUCGAACCCAUUUUCGUAAACAACUCAACGUCAGUAGACCGUGUACACCAUGGCCCCGAAAAAGGGAAAGGGCAACAAGAAAGACCCAGACUUUGACAGCGAUGACGAGAAGCCGAAGAAGACGUCAACGAAAGGAAAGUCAAACGCCGAUGGUGAUCUGGAGCAGGUAACCUCCAAAGCCAAACAGCCACCAGCAGCUCAGAAGAAAAAGGCCAAGGGGAAAUCCAAGAAAAAUGAUGACUGGAGCGAUGAUGAUGAAAAGAUAGAGAAGCUGUCGAAACUUACACAGCUUUCUGAUGAUGAUGAAGUUUUAAAUAUCGCUCAGCCAUCAAAAAAGAAGGGAGGCAAGCAGUCGAAGAAGAAAGUUGACAGUGGCAGUGAAGAAAGUGACGAUGAAUCAGAGAAAAGUAAAACAACAUCCAAGCCUGUUCCAAAAGCAACAGUUAAGAAGAAGGGUAAGAAAGGCAAAAAAGGUGAUGACUGGAGUGACCAAAGUGAUGAGGAAAAGAAACAAAGCGAUUCCGAUGAAGAGGACAUUCCAAAACCUGCAGCGAAAAAGGGGAAAAAGGCCAAAGCAAAGGUUAAGAGCGACAAUGACAGCUUAAGUGAAGAGGAGGAGGAGGAGGAGGAAGAUGAAGAACCUGUAAAGAAACCAGCAGGUUUAACCAAGUUCAAAGGAACUUCCGCAAAGCGGUCUUCCAGUGAAGGUGAAGAAGAGGAUGAAGUAAUUUCCAGGAAGCUAUCGAAAGUAUCUUUCAAAGACGAGGAGCCUGUAAAGACCUCUGUGGUGACUGAUGAAGGGAAUGAGUCUGCUGAAGAUGGUAGUAAGACUAUGAAUGCAGAUAAAUCUGAUGAAAGUGGCAAACCAGCUGAGAAAAAAAUGACCAGCAAAGAAAAGAAGAAAUUAAAGAAAAAGAUGGAGUAUGAGAAGCAAAUGGAGGUGCUUACUACAAAAGGUGGUCAGGGUCACAGUGAUCUUAAUGAGAACUUUACAGUGUCUCAAGCUCAGAAGUCAGCAGGGCAAAUUGCAGCUCUUGAAAAUGCUGUUGAUAUCAAAGUUGAAAAUUUUAGUAUUUCUGCCAAAGGCAAUGAUUUGUUUGUGAAUGCAAAUUUGCUUAUUGCUCAUGGCAGACGUUAUGGUCUUGUUGGCCCUAAUGGUCAUGGUAAAACAACUCUACUACGGCACAUUGCUGCUCGCAAAUUUGCAAUUCCUCCCAAUAUUGACAUACUAUACUGUGAACAAGAAGUAGUUGCAGAAGACGCAAGUGCUGUUGAUGUGGUCCUGAAAGCUGAUACUAAAAGAACAGCUCUCCUGGAGGAACUAGAGAAGUUAGAAGCUUCGCCUGAAGCUGGAACUGUAUCUGGUCAAGAAAGAAUUAAAGAGAUUUAUGAUGAACUGAAAGCAAUUGGUGCUGAUUCUGCAGAACCCAAAGCACGGCGUAUUUUGGCUGGUCUUGGAUUUUCUCGUGCUAUGCAAAAUAGACCAACAAAUAGUUUUUCUGGUGGUUGGCGUAUGAGAGUUUCCCUUGCGAGGGCUCUUUAUGUUGAACCUACACUUUUGCUUCUUGAUGAACCUACAAACCAUUUGGAUCUUAAUGCUGUCAUCUGGCUUGACAAUUAUCUUCAAGGAUGGAAGAAAACUCUGCUCAUUGUUUCUCACGACCAGAGUUUCUUAGACAAUGUGUGCUCUGACAUAAUUCAUCUUGAUCAGCACAAACUCCAUUAUUAUAAGGGCAACUACUCCAUGUUCAAGAAAAUGUAUGUUCAGAAGAGGAAAGAAAUGAUUAAAGAAUAUGAAAAACAAGAAAAGAGAAUAAAGGACCUGAAAUCUCAUGGUUCUUCUAAGAAGGCUGCAGAAAAGAAGCAGAAAGAAGCUUUGACUCGUAAACAGGAAAAGGGCAGAUCAAAAAUUCAGAAGCAAGAGGAUGACAGUGGUCCAACUGAGCUCCUACAGAAGCCUAGGGAAUACAUUGUUAAGUUUUCAUUCCCUGAGCCCCCGCCUCUUCAACCUCCAAUCCUAGGACUCCACAAUGUUACUUUUGCUUACCCUGGCCAGAAGAACAUAUUCGAAGACUGCGAAUUUGGUAUAGAUUUGAGCUCAAGAGUGGCCAUAGUUGGACCAAACGGUGUGGGCAAAUCUACCUUCUUGAAACUAUUGACUGGGGAUCUGACACCACUUAAAGGAGAUGUUAAGAGGAAUCACAGAUUGCAUAUUGGUCGUUUUGAUCAGCACUCAGGAGAACAUUUGACUGCCGAAGAGACCCCUUCAGAAUAUCUGAUGAGGCUGUUUGAUCUGCCUUACGAAAAGGCCCGUAAACAGCUUGGUACAUUUGGUCUUUCCAGCCAUGCUCACACCAUUAAAAUGAAGGAUUUAUCUGGUGGCCAAAAGGCACGUGUAGCUCUGGCUGAGUUAUGCUUAAAUGCUCCAGAUGUAGUUAUUCUUGAUGAACCUACUAACAAUUUGGAUAUUGAAUCCAUUGAUGCUCUGGCUGAUGCUAUAAAUGACUAUGCUGGAGGUGUGAUAAUAGUUUCUCACGAUGAACGCCUCAUUCGAGACACUGAAUGUACUCUUUGGGUGAUAGAAGAUCAAACAAUUAAUGAAGUUGAUGGUGAUUUUGAUGAUUACCGUAAAGAGCUUCUGGAGAAACUAGGAGAAGUUGUGAACAAUCCAAGUGUUGUAGCAAAUGCUGCUUUUGAGCAGUAAAAAGAAUUUUAGAAAAAAAUAACAAUCAUUCUGUAAAUGCGUCAAGGGGCCAAAACCAAUACUGCGGGGACAAUUUUAUUCAAUUACAGACCUAAUGCUGUGAUGUAUAUUAUUUCACUUGAAUUGUGAAUUGUGCACAUAUAAGAAACUUCCAUCAUCUUCUACACUACUCCUGUUAUCUACUAAUUUUUAAAAAAAGAAGAAUCUAUUUAUUUAUUAUCUUGUAACUAUGUGUUAGGGGAAAUGAACUUUCAGGGGUAAAUAUUUGUAGAAAUAAGGUAACUUCUGAGUGUUGGUCUCCAGGUAGCAAAGAGAAUGAACCAUGCUUCAUCUUGAAAAGCAAUUUGGCUGUUCAUGUUGAAAGUUUUGCAUCUUAAAUACAUUGAAACUUGCUGCAUACUU